CUUCUCUCAUACCGUCAAGCCCUAUAACGUGCGCGACGGUUCUGUUACCUCCACCCACCACUUCGCCCUCGGUUUUGCCCUCGGUUUUGCCCGCCAUCCUUCACACACGACUAUUUCCUCUCUUCCACCCGUCGCGACCGCUAGCAGCAAGCUAGCAAUCUACACCUUCGUUCUUUCAUCUCUCAUCUCUCUAUGCAGUCUCGCCGUACUUCCGGUCUUACUCCCCUCUCCAUCGUCCUCCCUCAUCCGGCACUUCCGCGCCGACGGUCUCAUCUGUCUUUAGUCCCUUCGCCGCACACUCCACGAAGUUCCCCAACCUGUUCUUCUCUGGCUUUUUCCACCAACACGAACCGGAAAAGUACCGACAGCUGGAACAGUUGGAACAGCUCAAGUCAGGAUCUAUCCGAGGACCGUGACUACGAAUGGAAAGCGGACCAGGUCUUAUUAUUAAGAAGGACGUUGGAUGCCCUUCCCCCUCACCUCAUGACACCUUUCAAUGGACCUAUACCCCCCUCCAAUCUUCUCGACAAGAUUGCCAGAGGUGUAUCACAGGCGAAGGGGGAGGAUUGGCCCCAUUCCUUGCGAGCCACGCGUGUCAAGCUCAUAGAGUUAGCGCGAACCAUCGCCGAGGAAGAUAGUAAACCCCGCAAGUCGAUCCCCGAAGAGCCUGCAUCGGAGGUUGCGCAUGGUUCUUUCCCCCAAGGGGAUGUUCUGCAGCCGACCACCAAUAUCGGCAAGGAAGAUCGCGGGUCUGGUUCACGACGACCGCUCUACCGGCAGUCGAGUAUGGACUUUCUUAAUGCCUCGGAUGUCCAGGACAAUGACAGCAUCGGUCGGCUUUCAAAACGACUUCAGAAGGCGGAUCGUUUCAUCCCCAACACAUCCUAUCAUCCUUAUUCCCGGAGUCAGAUGAACUCGCGUUCAUCUUCCCCGCCCAGGGCCGAUCACGUCCCGUCCUUGAUCAGCCCUUCGACCCCAAGCACAUCUACCCUAUCAUCUCUUGCCUCCGUAUCUGCUCCGAGACAGCCUUUACUGCGGCGCUCUGCCUCCAUCAUGUCUAUCUCCAGCACUACCAAUUCGACUACUUCGACGUCGAGAAUGAGCGUCAGUAGCGGGUUUUCUGCUGUUGCUGCUGACCCUCGCGUGCAGCGAGUCCGUCGUUCUGAGUCGUUCUGCUCCCCUGUACCGGUGGAAUCACGGUUCAGGCCUGCUGUUAAACGCGCGCCCUCUUACGGCGCUCUUGCUCAAGAAGCACGGGAUCAAUUGCCCAGUGUUCAUGAACAUGGGUUUCAUGAUCUCAGUAUCCCCGAUCCUUCUUCCGACGACGAGGAAAAGAUGCGCAGUCGGCGUGCUAAACGAGCGAGAGUCAGAAAGUCCGGCGGAACCGAACCACCACUCUCACCAUCGCCGGCACCGAGUUCACCGGCCAUGUCAGAGGCCAAGGCCAGUUCAAGAGCAUCAGUCCAAAAGCAGCAGUCGGACACUCGAGUUCGGUCUACCGCCACCGUGAAACGAGGCAUACAUGUGUUCGGACCCGAGCUUCCUCGACUGGCGACGCCGGCUGCUGAACCUCAAGCCCAGUUGUUGUCUGCCGCUCCGAUCCUCGCUUCGCCAACAUCAAGCGCCGAACGCGUGAAAACGCUCCGGCGUGCCAAACGCCUGCCUGCUGCUCGCCGUAUAUCUUUUGGCAGUCUCAUUGCCCCGCUUGGAGAAGAUAUGCAUGAGGCCGACCAGGAGGAUUCGGAUGAAAUGCGCUUUGGUCCGGGUCUGGGCAGUGCUUUCCAGCUGCGAUAAAUCCCGGAUAUCCAUGAUCAAUUGCAGCCAUUCCUUCUGCUCUCUCGUGCAAGCCCGAAAGAAGACAGAUUGUAACAGUGUAUAAACAUUGUACCACUACCGGCCUGGGCCCCCUGGGGGACUCACACCCAGAUCUCAUCUGGUCCAGCAUCUUUCCAUUCGCCAUAGCGCGCCACACUCAUUGGAAUCAUUUCCCGAUAUUCGACCGCGGGCUGUAACUCCCAUCGCACACUCCUUUGCUUUUGCCUCCAUCUCUGUAUCAACAACCGGAAUCUGUUACCAUAUCCCUCUAUAUUCGUUUUCUCAUUGCACACUGCUAUCGUCUACCGUCGCCGUUUUGGCCGGGCCAUUGCUGCUCGGUCUAGCGCGACCUUCGCCUGCUCGCCCCGCCCGCUCCGUUUGAUCUAAUACAUCUACCUGGGCCUUGAAUACCACCAUGGCCUUGACACAUCUCGGCACACAGAAACCAAAAGCGAAGCGUCGCAAAUGCUCUCCGUUCUCACGUCACCCUGUUUUUCGUUCUUGUGCUGCUGUUUUCUCCUCUUUCAUCUUCGACACACGGACCGGCCAUCUCGAAUCUGCCGUCCCGUCCCCCAACUCGAUCCGCUUUCCCCAGUUAGUCGUCGCCGCAUCGUGGCCUGCGCAGUUUGCACAUUUAGGCA